AUGGAAACCUCGACAAGUCGACACCAGUUGGAGCAUUUUCUGCAAACACUUCAGCCAAAGCAAGAAAACCUCGACUCGGCCUCGUUAAUGCAAUCGUUUCACGAGGAUUUAAGCGUGACCGAAUCGAUCAUGUACACCGGCUAUGAUAGCAUCGUCGAUUUGUGUGUGCAAAGUGUGAUGGCAUCCGCGAGGAAUAUGACCACCGAUCAGCUGAAGGCCCUUCUCGAAGAUGACGCUCAAAUGGAGGCGAUGAUCGACGGACUUUCACAGAUCCGAAACGUUCCCCAAGACAAAAAGACGGAGCUUGCGCAAAACAAAUCAUUGGCUGAAUGGAAUUUGGCACAGGAGCCUCGAAUCAAUCAAUUGAAGGCGCAAGUGAAAGUAACACAUGCAAAUGCACAACAAUUGAAGCAAGAAGUCGAAGGGUUAAAGAGCCAAUUAGAUAAAACAUCCACUGAUCGAUCCCUGGAAACGACAAGUGCUUUACUGCAAGUGGAAGUUCAAAAAGCUGAUGAAGAAGCUGAGGAACUCGCUCGGCAAUUCGAGGAUGGAGCGCUAAGCGCUGAUGUCUUUAUUAAAGGAUUUCUCGAAAAGAAAAAGCUCGCACACACAAGAAAAAUCAAGUCAGAGAAGCUGGCAAACUUACUACAAGAUCAAUUGUUCAAUACACCAAUGGGCGGUCGAUCUACUUCAAUGGUUCAACCUCCCUAUCCAACCGCAUACCCAGAUAUUCCGCAGCCAAAUGUGAAUCGGCAUUCCUUGUGG